AUGACGAGCGAUUGGAUUUUUACCGAGCAGGAGAUGCGCUCUACGCCUUCGAUACGUGAUGGCAUGAAGUACGCAGACGAGCUUAUCUUUCGUCGUAACGCCUGUGACUUUAUUGAGAAGAUGGCAAAGGCUUUGGACUUGCCGAAGCUUGCUCAGAUCAGUGCAGACAAUUUCCUUCAUCGCUUUUACAUGCGGCAGUCACUUGUACGCUACGACAAGUUUUUGGUUGCAGCUGCAUGUGUACUACUUGGCUCUAAGGCUGAAGAAAGCCCGAAGAAGAUUGGUUACGUUGCCAAGGAAUACAUUGCUGUACGCAAAAUUGUGGAGAAAGACCAGGUGUUUGCUAUUCAGAAGCACGAACCGCAAGUUAUUGCGAGCAAGAUCAUCUCGAUGGAGGGUGUAGUUUUACACAAUUUAACGUACGAGCUGACACUGACGCAUCCGUACAAGUACAUUAACGAGAAGGUAGACAAGGUGGUGCGUCUACAGCAUCUGAGUGAACAGGAGGCUAAGGUCCAGAGCAGCAAGAUCAAGCAAGUGGCGUGGUCUUUUUUGAAUGACAGUGCCUAUACGGUGGCGUGUUUACGACUUGAGUCGGUGGAACUGGCAGCUGGUGCAGUGUACCUAGCGGGCCUCUACGAGAGCUACGUGCCAGAGGAUUUGUGUACUGUUAAUGGCCAGCCAUGGUGGAGUGCGUUGACGACUCCUCUUCAUACCUUGCAAGAUGCGGCUCGCUACUUGCUCAACGCUUACACGGCGCCGUACAUCAAAACGAACGUGCUUGCAGCUGGAUUGUCGAAGUUAGUCUAUUUGUUUCAUCCACCAAAGCCGGUCGAGAGCCCCGCGUCGUUCGUAGAAUUGGACGUCGUGGUGCUAGAACACUCGUCGCCCAUGGUAUCUUCGCCGAUGGACUCCGCUGCGUGCGUGACGUCUCCGGAGUGUGGUAAUAGCCAAGGCCGAUCACCGUCUGACCACGACUUUGACCACGACGUCAAGUUGCAUGUCAAGGAUAGUAAGGAAAGCCUCCGCGAGGUCGCGCAGGUUCCUGCGGCGCCCGCAUUGCUGCUGGACAGUUUCCCUAUUGCCAACGAUAGAUCAAGUGCUGACAAGUUGUUGGGAAGCACUGCAGCAAUGCGAGCGGCGAGCAGUGGAAAAGUCGUUGCGCGCAAACGCGGUAAGGAUGCCGAAAACAUGUUUUGUUCCGGAAAGAAGAUGAAGUACUGCAUGUAA